GUGGUAGAGACAAUUUUUUGUUUUUUUAUAUUCUUUAACAAUGUUGAACAUUGUCUUAGGACAUACGCCUGUUUUGCUCGCCACAUCUUCCAAUAUCAUGAAUUUUCAUUUCAGGAUGCUCUAAAAUUUCGCACUCAUAAACGUUAAGGACAAUUUCUUUUGCCUGAAUAUUCAGUUGUCCCUUCUUGUCACGUUUUGGGGGAGGAGAGAUCAGUGAAGAGGAAUCAUGGCUGAAGGAAGCAUUGGAAGAAAUAUUCUCAGUUUCAUCUGCUGUAUCCGUAUAAACCGAAUACGAACAGCAGCUGCCGGCGUCGGCGUGCCGGCGAUACCCCGAAUCUGAGUUCUAUCCUGUCGAAUCCUGCACAUCUUUUUUGUGCCAGGCUGUUACAAUUUAUCAUAAAACCAAAAGACCGGACACUUGGGUUUGUUGUUAACGACAGAACACAUAGCUAUGUGUUACAACCAUUUAUCAAUGAAGCCAAACAAAUUAAAAAAUGGAAAAAAAUACUCAAGUUAUUGAAAACUAACACUACAUUUUGGGGACAGAAAAUUUAUUUUAUCACCGUAUACUUGCUGCACGUGGUGAAGGUGAAUGACGCGGAAAUGUGACUCAAAAUUCUCAGGAAUAGUGCAUAAGAGGGGCGUUCGAAAAAAAUUCUAUAAGUCUACUUUCUAUGAACCGUAUGAUGACAAUGACACACCAGAAAAAAUGUGUUGUCUGAAAAAUGUUCAUUAUUUAUUUUUAUUUCGAAAACUUAAAAAAAACUUUUAUUUUACGGAAUAUAUAUUGGAAAUUUCUGCUCUAUUAUUGGGAAGAUGUUGGAAUUUUUCGCAGUUCCACAAGAAAGAAUAAAUGUUACUAAGUUGGUUAACAUCAGCAUUUUUAUUCAUACAGUGAUCUAUCAUGAAAAGUGGGACAUUUCUAAAAAUAGACGUUUCGAAAGGUGUUCUUCUUUGCCAAGAACCCUAAUAUUGCCAUAAAUCAUAGAAUAGACCUGUAGUGCUCACACGUGAUGCCAAAGCACAUCGUUCUGGGUGUAAUCUGGCGUCACUUUUGUGUGAAGUUAACCUGCCUUUUCAUGAUCUAGAUGGUUGGCCUAUGUAAACUAAAUUACAGUUGUUGCAAUUAAUCCAAUAGACAGUGUUGGUUAAGUCAAACAACGGAACCCUAUAUUUCAUUUUGGAAAACACACUGUAACUGAGAGUAUUGACUUACAAGCAAAACGACAAUUUAAUGGGUUAUACAGCUUGAUCAGUUUGGGAGUUAAUUCUUUGAUGUAUGACAAUAAAACAUAGCUAACUCUGGGAUGAGAAGCAUCAUCCGUAAUAUUAUCAUUAUUAUUAGUUAAAUAAUUAUUGGGGGUGGGGCUAGAAAUGGAGGGGUUGUCAUUGCCAUUUUUAUUAUUAGGAAUUGGCAAAAUUUUAGAAGGAGAUUUUAACAGGAUUUUGUUAAUCAAAAGCUUCGGAUAACCAUUAUUGAUGAAUAAAGUUGAAAGCUUCCUUAAAUUAGACAGAUGGGAAGUACUAUCGGAGAUUUUAAUUACCCUAUUUUUCAUUUACUUCACCAAAUUUAUCUUUAUUUUAGGUUCAUGGCAAGACCUCAGGAACCUUCCAGAUGAAACUGGUUUCCUGUACCAGUCUAUCAGUAGCAUAUUGUCGUUAGUGCGAAUCAAUCUUGAGUACAAAAAAGGAACAUCAUUGAUUUUUAUCUUCUUUUUUCGAUGGUAAACUGAAUGUAAAGGUCAUAGCUGUUGAAAUCUUCAACAAUACCAUUCACUCCCUCAGAAGGAAGGCAAACAAUAAUAUCGUCCACAUAUUCUUUUAGGAAGAUUAGGUUAAAGGGCAAUACUUGGAUAACAGAAUCAAGUAAAUCAUCCAUCACGUAUUCUGCCAAAAUCGGAGAUAACACUGAGCCUAUUGGGCAGCCAUGUGUUUGUGAGAAGACUUUGUUAUUAAUAAAAUAUUAAUGAGGGAAUCCAGAGUUAGAUUGCGGUGUUGGCAUAUCUGAUCCCAAUGUUUAUUUAUGGAUCUAAUGCAAGCUUUCAAAUAGACAUUACUAAAAAUUGAGACCACAUCUAGAUUACACACAUCAUGUCAUUACCCUUGUUUUGACUAGGUUGUUUUCUAUCUUCAUCUCGAUUAAGUUCCACAUAGUACUUAGCAAGGUUUCUCUGCUCUACAAACAUAUUCGACUGUACAGGUUGUUUAGUCUGUUGUUUUUGCUGCGGAGGUCUACUUUGUACUUGUUGUUUUUGCGGCACAGUAGCUUUAUUAGUUAUAUCCGAAGCUGACACAUUAGGUUCUGAAUCGAUUACCUUAUUUAUUUUGUUGAAGGUUUUUCUGCAAAUUCUCAAUCUGAGCAUCAACAUAUUUUGUCAUAUCUACUUCCACUGCGUAGUUGAUUGAUUCAUUCGAGCAAGAGAGCUUUCAUAAAGGCUUGUAAGUUUCUCAAUUUACAAGGUUAGCUUGCUUAGCAUAUCACUAGUUUUAGAAUGAGUUAUAAUAUUUGGUUUGCAUAGCUCGCAGACAAAAAUCAUCGCUCUAUGUUUCCAUCCAAUUAUCCACUAUCAAGCAUACCUAUGUUAUACCUAUAAUCUUAUUUGAAUGCCCACAGCUGUCUCCAUAACCAGUCUUACAAUUUGAUAACAUAUGAGUGACCUCUGAUUACACGGCUACACUAGCUUAAUGCUUGCAUAGAGCAAAGCACCCGGUGUAAACGGGCUCAGAACAUGAUAAAUGCAUGCAAAAACAAUUGUAUUGCCCUCUUUUGCUUAGUUAGCCACUAUGUAAACAUGGCCAUUGCGCAACAAUCCUGGUUUAUAUUAUCAAUCAACACUGAAUAUGGUAUUCACAGGAUGGAUCUUGGUCUUUCAUUGUUUUCGAUUGAUCCGUCUCCUCAAUUCAAAUGAACCUUCCAGUCUAGAAUACAUCUUGUGAAGCACUUGUCUAGCUAAACGCUUGUAUAGCGCAUAGCUCCGCUGUAGACGGACACAGAGCGGCAUAAGUCCAGGAAACACGAUUCAUUGAUUCUUUGUGGCUUUUAGGUAGUCAUUAUGUAAACAUGACCAUUGUCUAACGGUCUAAGCCCAUGUUUAUGUCGUGGCUAGCUAACAGCUUGUACAGCUCAUAGGCCUCGGUGCAUACGAGCACUUAACGGCAGAAACAGCACGAUUUAUAUUGGUGUUUUGUGGCUUAGCAUGGUUAGUGUACACGCUUUUCAUAGUCUGCUACUUGAAGGUUUUAUCUAUCAUUUACGCAUUUACAGGACAUACUGGAUUACUGGCUAGGCACUGGUGUGGACGGGUUUCGUGUGGAUGCAGUACCCUACCUUGUAGAAGAUGCUGAUUUAACAGAUGAACCCCUAGCUGAAGGUCAAGAAUACGACCAAAAUAACGCUGACUGUCUGAAGCGGAUUUACACCAAAGACACUAAUGACACCUAUAAUGUCAUCUAUGAAAUCAGAGAUUAUGUCGACAAAUGGGCCAAAGCUCACAAUCAGUCUACUAAAGUGUUGAUGUCUGAAGCGUACACGGACAUAGAUAGUACGAUGCGGUACUACGGCACCGCUACAGGCGACAAGCUGGGAGCACACUUCACCUUCAAUUUCGAACUGCUCGGUAAACUCACGGACAAGGACUUCAAAGUUACGGAUGUUAUCAACGCGAUCAACUCUUGGUUGAAGCAUAUGCCAUCGAUAUACACUGCAAACUGGGUGUUAGGAAACCACGACAACCACCGAGUAGCUACAAGAUUAGGCGAAAAAAACGUGGAUGCAUUCAACAUGUUGACAGCUUUCUUACCUGGUAUCAUGGUCACGUACAACGGAGAAGAGAUCGGUAUGACUGACGGUGAGGUGACCUGCGAACAAGGUAAGGACCCGCAGGCCAUAAAGGACUGCUCCACGUAUAGGGAAACAUCCAGGGACUUCGAACGGACUCCCAUGCAGUGGAAUAGUGGCCCCAACGCAGGUUUCACUGAUGGUGACAAGAAGCCAUGGCUGCCUGUGGCUAGCAAUUACAGACGGGUCAACGUCGAGAAUGAAAAUGGAACGGAAACUUCCCACUUGAGCAUCUACAAGCAGCUGUUGCAAUUUAGGAAGGAUCAUCUUCAGUCCAUGUCCUCGAAGGACGUUUUAGAGGUAAAGGGUGAAUCCGAUAAUGUAGUCAAGAUUGUAAGGGAACGCGACGAUGCCAAGUACAUGCUUCUGUUCAACGUUGCCGAUGAAGCCCAAGAGGUGACGCUCAACAAGCACAGCUUGCUGCUUACCACGCAUCCAAAAGCACGCAAAGUUGGUGAUAUUCUGGACACAAUCAAGCUAGAGGCUCACGAGUCUGUCAUUCUGAAAUCGGCAGCUGGGAUCCAAAUGGCUGCUUCUCUCCUUAUGGUAGCACUUUACAGUAUUGUACACUUUGUGAUAUAAUUUAUUUUUGUUGUUAAUAAAUUAUUUAUUUUUA